AUAGCAGCUUAGAAGUAGAGAAACAAGAACAACUUAAGCAGAGGGGAGAGGUAAAUUUUUGAGUAGAAAAGAAGACCUUGGACGAGCUUUGGACAACUGUGAAUAAGUUGCGUAACGUUGUAGCAUCAACUCCAAACUCCUGCCAUGGCCGGGGCAAACGAUAUUGCCAUAAUAACUGUGCACGGUAUAGCAUUCAUUGUGAAUAUCGUGGGGAAUUUUCUUGUUUGUCUGAUCAUAAAGAGGAACAGAGAUAUGAGGAAUCCCAUCAACUAUCUACUUGUGAACCUGGCUAUUGGAGAUAUGAUGUACGCAACGUUUAUUGCACCGGAAGUUAUCGCGGCAAUCACUGGCAACCACCCAGGGGGAGUGGGUGGUACAAUCCUGUGCAAAUUGUUGACAGCUGGGAUCUUCGCGUGGGUUGGAGGAAUUUCCUCUACGGUCACUCUGGUUGUGAUCGCCUUUGAGCGAUAUUUUGCAGUAAUAUAUCCCCAUAAUAACAAGAGACUUAACAAGAAGAAAUUGAAGGUGAUCAUUCCUGGCUCUUGGAUUUUCUCAGUGAUACUAAACCUGCCAUGGUUCCUGUUUCUCGAAGUGCAGGACGGUUACUGUAAGAAUGUCCCGAUGUACGGCCAGAACUGGAUUCCCAGAGCUUAUUCUUUGUUGUUUUCAACCCUGGUAGCUGUGUCUGUGGUAAUGAUGGCUGGGUUGUAUUCCAGAAUCGUGUACACCCUGUGGCUCAAACGUGUUGAAAACAAUCAACCCGCCUUCCAACAGCGGGGCGUACUCAGAGUGCGGAAGCGAGUCACCUUGAUGGCGGUAACUGUCACGGUCAUGUUUGGGGUCUGUUGGGUGUCCGACAUAAUUGCACACACCGUGGAUUACCACACAUCUCUCAGCGUAAGUAAAGACACGUACUCCGUCAUCCACACGCUUAUCCUGCUCAAUACUGCUGUCAACCCAUUUGUGUACGCUCUGAUAAACAAAACCUUCCGAGAGAAGAUAAAGGAAAUGAUAUGGUGUAGCUGUACCAUCUCCACGGAAUCUUUCAGUCCACCUGUAGUGGUGCCUCAAAACGCAGAGUUUGCCAAUAAAGCGUAUCAAGAAUGCUCAGCGGGACCAUCAUCAAGCGAGGGAACAUAAUGGGAUGAGUUUAUCUUGAACAACAUACUGUUUCUACAGUGUUUCAAGGAAAAUGUUAUAGAUUCUUCGUAAGAGUAAACCCUUUCUGACCGCAAGGGAAGGGGAAAACUUUAAGCUGAAAAUGUAAAACUUUGUAAGUCAUUUAUCUUAUAAGUAUCAAAUUUUAUACCUUAUCCCAAAAUUUAAUGGUCAACAUUUUGUCCUCGCCGCCUUAAAUGUUUCCAAGGCAACACUUGGGACAUACAGUGGAAUCCCGAUAUUUCGAACCUCCAAGGGAAACGAGUACUGGCUCGAGAAAUCUGAUAGUUCGAGAAAUCGGGGGUAAAAUCACGGUGUUUAACUGGGAGAGGGAACGACUUUUGGUUCGAGUUAUCAGGAGGUUCGAAAAAAGGAGGGUUCAAGAAAUCGAGAUUCCACUAUCAUUAUUUAAUUUGCUGUAAAUCGAUAAUAUUUCUAGGUAACAUAUAACACAAUUAGGUAUAAGUAAGCUAAGUUAACGUUAAGGCUACUUGGAGGAGAAUCGAAAAUUCAAAAUUUCAAAAUUUCAAAAUCCUAGAUGGUAGAUUGAGUUUGCAACAAGAUUCUUCCUCCCUGUAAAAGGUAUUAUUUCUUCAUAUUUUUGAAUUUGCCUGCUUCGUUCUCUCCGUUGCUUAAUGAAAUGAAUAGAUUUAAAGAAAGAUUGUAGUAAUUUGAAUGUCUGCCUGAAGUCAUAAUGACGUCACUGCUGAUGCUAAUGACAAACAAGCUAUUAUGAGUAGAUAUCACAAUUCUAUUAAACAUUUCUCCGACAAACGUCCAGCUGUAAGAUACGUUCCAUUAGGAUAGAAAUAUCGCCCUGGAGGUUGACUGAGACCAUAAAAUGAAAUAAAUGACGUCACAUAUGAUGAGACAUGGCACAAUGGCACCAGAGUACGUGGUUAAUAGCUUUGGAACGUGUGCCUGCAACAUCUUUUGCUAAUUUGUGGUGAAACCAUAAGCAGUUUAAUCUGUUCAUUUACAUUUGGUUGGAAGCAGUUAAAAUAAAACAUUUAUUGUUACUUGA